CUUAAAAUGUUUAAUUCUUUCAUUGAUUCAUUUAUAUUGCUUUAAGCACGUAAAUAAUAGUGAGAGACUUUUCUUGCUAUAAAUAUGUCCAUAUUUUUUUAUAUCGAUAGAUUGAGUUGAUACAUACGUAGGUACACGACAAAUACGAGCUUACAUCGACUUAUUAAAAACACUCUAAAUGAAAAUCGUUAUCCGGGCAUUUGGCGCGGCGUCCAUAACGGACCGGGCCUCAACAAUGGGCUUAACGCGCGCACUCAUUACAAAAAGCGGCAUAACAAACGCGCUGCGUCGAAAGCUCCUCUAUUCAGAGUGUAUACUCCAGUUUUUUUUAUGUCUGGAGCGGGCGCGGAUUGGACGUGCCGGGGUCCGCCCAGCCGGCACGGGUCCCGGAUUGGCGGAGGUUAGUGGAGCACCCUCGUGCCUGAGUGGGCUGUCGAGGCGAGGGCGGGCGGGGUGUUGUUCACCCCGAGGGCCACUCGAGGGUUGUUUAGUGCGGAGGCGACGUCGCGAGACGUAGCACGUGUCCCCGCGAGUGUUGUCAGCAGUCAAGAUAAUUCCGAAGGCGAGCUCUCCCUUACGGGAGAUGAGGAGCGCGGAGGGCGAUGGCGAAAGCCGGGCGCCGCCACUGCUGGCGCCGGCGGGCCUGCUGUGGAGCCCGCUGCUGCUGCCGCCGUGGGGCCCGGCCUUCCUGCCGGCGCUCUACCCGGCGGCCUUCAGGUCCGCUUUUCCCGGGCUCUUAGAUAGUAUGAAGAUGCCAGGGCAACGACCGGGGUUCCAAAUUUCUGAUAUCCUGGGCCUGAAUGAGGCGAAGGGCCUGGAGACUGCGCCAGCGCCGACGGGGCUCGGCUGCGGUCUGGAACUUCCGCCCUACGCUCCGCCGCAGCAUCAUUACUCGCACGAUUUACUCAGACAUCAUCAACCCUGGCUUUCUUUAGACCAACACGAACCUACUGGUGGUAUUGGUCAACAAGCGAGUCCCGACAGCACGUCCCGUGCCUCCGAACUGUCCUACGUGGGUGCGUCAGCCUCCUCGCCUACCAUCACUGAUCCGCGUCACGACCAGGACCAGGACCACGAUGACAUAGACCACGAGGACGAGGACCACGACCAGCCAACCAACACCAGCGACCCCAGCCUAGCGCACAAGAAGCGCAAGCGACGCGUACUUUUCUCCAAAGCGCAGACUUACGAGUUGGAAAGAAGGUUCCGUCAGCAAAGAUACCUCUCCGCCCCUGAACGGGAACACCUGGCGAGUCUGAUUCGCCUAACACCGACACAAGUCAAAAUCUGGUUCCAGAACCACAGGUACAAGACGAAACGUGCGGUGCAGGAGAAAGGAGCUCAUGAUUUGAAUGUCGGCAGUUUAAAUUCUCCUCGUCGUGUAGCGGUGCCUGUCCUUGUGAAGGACGGUCGGCCAUGUAUAGGCAAGCCGGAUGGUCUCCCCCCGCUGGGCAUGUCGCUACCGCCGUACCAGCCGAUGCACCACCAGCCGCCCGUCGGUCACGGCUCCCAGCCCAGCGGCUGUUGGUGGUGAUUAUACAAUCAACCAGUGAUUUGCUAGUCGUUACAUGAAGUAAUGUCGCUUCGAAUUGGGAAUAAGCGUAUUACUUUUUGUUUAAAUUGCUUUCUUAACAUUAUUGUUACUUUUGAAUUAUCCUUCUAGUUAGACGGACAAAUAAUUUUCUGGGCCUAAUAUGUAAAAUGGUGAAAUUAAUAUACACAUAUUAAUGAACACGAAAACUAAUUUAAAACCUUAAUUCGAUUUUUUUUUAUUAAUUGCAACGUUAGUUAAUUGAAAGUAUUAGAGCCCAUAACACCCGUCUCUUA